AUGGCUCGCACUAAGCAGACUGCCCGUAAGUCCACUGGUGGCAAGGCUCCCCGUAAGCAGCUCGCCUCCAAGGCCGCUCGCAAGGCCGCCCCCUCCACCGGAGGUGUCAAGAAGCCUCACCGCUACAAGCCCGGUACCGUCGCUCUGCGUGAGAUCCGUCGCUACCAGAAGUCCACUGAGCUGCUCAUCCGCAAGCUCCCCUUCCAGCGUCUGGUUCGUGAGAUCGCCCAGGACUUCAAGUCCGACCUGCGCUUCCAGUCCUCCGCCAUCGGUGCUCUCCAGGAGUCCGUUGAGGCUUACCUCGUCUCCCUGUUCGAGGACACCAACCUGUGCGCCAUCCACGCCAAGCGUGUCACCAUCCAGUCCAAGGACAUCCAGCUGGCCCGCCGCCUCCGUGGCGAGCGCUCUUAA